AUGGAUGUCAAAUUUGUUCUCGUUACCGGUGCCACCGGAUUUAUCGGCGCUCACAUUGUCGAUGCUCUCCUAGCUCGGGGCAUUCGCGUGCGGGGUGCUACCCGUUCCUUAUCCAAAGGCGAGACUAUGCUACAGGCACGACAAAAGUAUGCCGGUUUGCUCGAAUUUGUACAGAUUGGAGACUUUGAAAGUCCUGAUGGACUUGUUGAGGCCGUGAAAGAUGUCGAUGGAAUCAUUCAUACAGCCAGUCCCUUUACAUAUGACACCAAAGACAAUGAGAAAGAGCUCAUCAUCCCCGCCAUAAAUGGGGUCAGAGCUGUUUUCGAAGCAGCUUCUACGAACCCUAAGAUCCAACGCGUCGUAUUGACGUCCUCCUUCGCUUCCGUCCUUGAUGCAAACCGGAAAGCGCCGCCGUACUUUGCCUACACUGGCGCCGACUGGAAUCCAUUGACAUAUGAAGAGGCUGCCGACAAAGCUACGAGCGCUGUUAUUGCAUAUAGGGGGUCAAAAAAGUUCGCUGAGCUCGAAGCUUGGAAUUACGUCCGCGACAAGAAGCCGACGUUUGAUCUAGUGGCUCUUUGUCCUCCCAUGACCUUUGGGCCGGUAGUUCAUCCUGUUCCUAGCAUUGACAAGAUCAAUGAGUCAAAUGCGAUGUUAUGGCAGGKCGCGAGCGGUGCGAAUCUACCUGUUGCGCGGGUACCGUUCUGGAUUGAUGUGCGCGAUUUAGCAGCUGCACAUGUUGGAGCAUUGGUCACAAGGGAAGUCGGUGGGAAAAGAUAUACGCCCACUGCACCAGAAACCUUCUCUUACGCCAAAGCGGCGGCUAUCAUUGCUGCAGAGUUUCCGGAAUUUAAGGAUAGGGUGUCUCGAGAUGAACAGAGCAUUGAUGAAAGCUAUGGCUUGGAUGGGGAAACGGCUAGUCGGGAGCUCGGGUUUACGUAUCAUACCUUUAGAGAGACGGUUCGCGAUUUCGUGUCACAGGCUAUUAAGAUGGAUAAUUAG